AUGGCGGACGGCGGGCGGGAGGGUGGGAACAGGUCCCAGGGCGUGCUGGUUGCAGUGGUACAGGCAGUACCCAGCAGUACCUACGGCCAGCAGCUCCAGGCUGUUGCUGGGGGGCCUCUGCUGCGCAGUUGGGGGGGCGUACAGUUCACACCGGUGCCAGUCCGGCUGCAGCCACUGGCGGGUACUCGCUUGCAGUACCUGCGCGCUACUGCGAGGCCCUUCGAGGCGCUACAGAACUCACGGCGGUGCACGCCUGGGCAGGGCCAAGGCAGGGCAUCGACAGGGCAUCGACAGGGCCCCGGACGGGUGGAGGCCCAGCACGAGGAGGUACCCGGAGCUAGAGGCCCAGGUACCUUACUCAGCACAGCAGCGACCCUGUGCCGCGAGAGUGCAAAGUUACAGCAGAGGCUGCCAGCGUCCAAAUCACCCGCGUCUGGCGGCCCCCAGCAGCGCUGCGAGCCCGGCUCCAGGCUGGCCGAUGUCUGGUCCCUUGAGUUUUCCCAAGCGUCCAGCGUCCAGGUCUGCAGCGUACCGGGUCGGUCGACCUUACGGGACCUCUUCCGGUACCUUCGACGACAGGCAAAAAGGCGGGCCAGGGCAGCGCCAAGGAGCUUCCAGCCUAACGCGGCCGGGCUUAGCCUCGCGGUACCAGGGCCAAGUACCCAGAGAUACCUCGCUGGGGGUCGGGUAACCUUUCAUUCCAACUCGGCUCGGAGCCUUCUCCUGGUGCUGCCAAAAUAA